CCGUGCUUUUAGAUAUUUCUUUGUAAGUUCAUUUUAAACCAAAGCGGGCUACGUUUCAGUGUGCCGCUUCAAAGAAUAAACAAAACAAGUUAACCCGCACUAAACAACGCUAUAGGUGUAGCUAAUUCUUACCCGAAACCUAUACUUUAUAAUAUACUAACAUAGAUACAAUACUCGUGUCCUAUAUCUCCAUUUGAAAUGCUUGGAAAUCUGUACAAAUGAUUCUCCACUGGAUCUUAACAGUGUUCCUCAUCAAAUCAGUUGCAUCUCGUGACGUUUCCGUCAGAUGUUUAGAUGACGUCAUACAAGUCGACAUCACGCCGAAAUAUUUUAAACGUUUAAAAGUGGAUUUGUGGGGUGAUGACGUCAUCACAAAUACAAUUGUUUACGUCAGCGAUUUCGAACUUACUCAUGACGUCACAUGCAGAGCGAGAUUUAUGAAUGAUUCCAAAAAAGCGAAAUCCCCUGUUUAUAAGAUCCAGAUCCCAGCUCCGUUCCAUUCAUGCGCCACAAAGGCUCGAAUAAUCGGGGAUCCAGAUUCUAAAGUUCGAAGAAUCGCGUUCGAGAAUCGAAUAUGGUGGAUCCAGAGACGUGAUAAUGACGUCACAAUGCCUGUCCGACUUUCGAAUGUGAAAUGUGUGUUCCAAAACGAAAGUUUCGUAAAUGCGGCAAUCGCACCAACAUGUUGCGACCCCAGAAAGAUCAAUACAACAUCAGGCGUUAUGAAAAUACGCAUGGACUUAUGGAAAGCCAUACCUAUGACAACUGAAGCUGUGAGACCUUUAUCCCCGCCCUUUCUUUACCAACAGGGCCAGCGUUUGUUCGUCAGCGUUAGAACAACCGGCGUUGGAAACUUAAGACUUGAAACUUGUUAUUUAUCCCCGAAGUUUGACAACAAAUCUGGAGAAGUAAUCGUUAAAAACGGGUGUCCAUACGUCAUUGGGUCACGUGUUCUAAUGACAGGGAACGGAUCGAUGACGUCAUUCAGCUUUCCCGUGACGUCACAGUAUUCAAGCUUCUACGUAAAUUGUGACGUCACUUUGUGCCAACAUGUUUGCACUCCAAACUGUACCGGCGUACCAGAUGUGUUUAACAAAACCACCGCACGGCUUACGAAUGGACCAAUCCAUGUCCACGUCACGACCACUCCCAUUUCUCGCACGACCACGCCCACCGAUGACGUCACAUCAAAGAAGCAAAGCUCAGGCUCGGAUCUCAUAAUACCAAUUCUGCUUAUCGUAUCUGUCACUAUUUGUGUUCUGCUCCUUGGCGUCCUCUGCUAUAAUUUAUCUCGAACAAAUGGCGCCAGAAGGAGGCGCCAGAUACAACACAGUCUCCGCAGAUCGACGCUUGGUGGUUCUGGUUUGAAUCUGUACAGCGUGAAAAAUAAAAGCGCAAACAUGACCGACAUCUAACGCAACGUGCUCGGCGAAAUUUAUGAAUGAACGAAACCUUAAACAAAUAUUAUUACAACACACAUAUAGCCCGGUAGCGUAACAGUUGGACUGUGAUUGUUUCCAUGCGUUAAUUUCAAUACUGAAAACGUUUUGUUGCAGUUUUUAAAAUUUUGUUAUAUGUCGUAACAAAAUUGCGACUGCUUAAAUUUAUUU